GCAGCUGACGAGGUCCUCACGCUCACGCACAACACACUCUCGGUCUCCGGCCACUUUGUCUCCCUUAGGCCGGAAUCCGGCGACGCGAUGAUGCAUGGGCUGCGCUGCGAGCGGCUCUCCGACCCCAUAGGCAGCCUCCGCCUCCCCGCUGCUGCCACGGUGCCGCCGCCCCCACCGCCCACCCUGUCGAUCAACAUCGCCGUCGAGUCGCCCGACAAGCGCGUCUGGCGGCUGAUCUCCGAGAACCCGGUCGUGAUCUUCAGCCGCGCCGCCUGCUGCCUCUGCCACGUGGUCAAGCGGCUGCUCGCCACCCUGGGGGUGCACCCAACUGUGGUGGAGCUGGACGACAAGGAGGCCGAGGCCGCGACGGUGCUGUUCGGCGGCGUGCCGCUGGGGCAGAUGGCGCCGGCGGUCUUCAUCGGCGGCAGCCUGGUCGGCGGCGUGGAAAGCCUCAUGGCCCUCCACCUCAGCGGCCAGCUGGUGCCCAAGUUAAGCGAAGCGGGCGCCGCUUGGAUGUAAGUUCGAAAAGUGUAACAAAGAUUAGGAUUUUCGUGAUCUUGGGGAGCUUUCCCCUCCUGCCGCUUUUUAGAUCCCUCCUGUUGCUUGCCCAAAUAUCAGUAAAUUAUGAGUCUGUACAUGAAAAUAGACAUACAAGUAUGGAGCAAGUCUUAUAUAUAUAUAUAUAUAUAUGGAACGUUCGUUUUGUUUUUCUCUUCU